ACUGUAUUGGAGUUUCAGUUUGCAGGAGCGAAUAGCCAUAACCUAAAUAUGUGUUGGUGCAAUCCGGCGAUUUGAUGCCGUGUGGUCUUCGCCAUUUAGCUCACAGUGAGCCGGGCAGAGCCGCCCGUUUUGCCUACUUGUGUUUCGCUAAGGUUCGCAUUCGCGCCAAAUAAUUCGUCACGCGAUGAGUGUGGUGUGCAUGGAUAUUACUUCGUCUACACGAUCUUCAAUUGGUUAAAAGUCUCUCGCCCCAGAUGAUCUGGUUUCCGUUUUUUUUAUUCCAACCCUCCUCAUUUCCCUUCGAACUUUCUAUAUCAAAGACAUUGAGCCUGAUCUUGCCAGUUCGUUUUCGCAGUUUCCCAGAGACGCUUGCGAUGGUGUGCCUCCGCCGACUCGUCGGAUUCACGUUCAUUCUACUUGUGUUUAAAGCCAAUGGAGUUCAAACUGGGGUCAGUGGACCACUGUUAGCUUGCCAUGUUCCAUUGGAAGUGAAAAUUUUCGCUGAUUCAUCCUAUCAAGCUUCAUCGGCUGAUUUGAAACCGUGCACGCACAUCAUUCUGAGCAGUGCCAACGCACUUUUCCUGCCCAGCAGCAACGCCUCUUUAGCAUCUAUCCUGGUUAGUGAAAAACGCAGCUUAGAAUUACUCAAGCAACAAACUCCCGAAGCCGAAUUCAGUUUCAGCCUUCGGUCCAGCAACACGGUGCCCGCAACGAGACACCUGAAAACAAUUUUCAAUGGGACAUCAUCCGUUGCCCUGUUGGUCGAAUUUUUGCGAAUCAAUAAGCUCAAGAGCUUCGACAUUGCUUGGGACUUGAUUCAAUCUGCUCCAGACUAUGGUCCACAGUUGAAAAGCUUGAGAACUACCCUAGGAAAAGAAGGAUUCAGUUUGACUACUACGAUCGGUGUGGAAGUUGAUCGCAUCGACGCAUUCAAUGUGACUAAGAUCGCCUCCAUCGUGGACCGUAUCUUUCUCGUGUCCUCUUACAAUCGUCACUACAGUGGUAGUCAAUAUCCUUUAACCGAAAAAAAGGUAGAACAGCCGUUCGAUGCCCUAGAACUAAACGAAGGAACGUUCUUGAAACUCUACUCUACAUUAAAUUUGAGCUGGAAAAAGAUCGUCGUUGGGUUAUCCCUGAAAACGCUUGUGUGGAAACUCAACUUGGGGACGAUAGCAGGCACGCAGUUUAGCCAGUACCAAGCUGUUCUGCAACUCCAGAACUACUAUGAAUCAUGCAAAACAGUCAAUAGCAGCUGGCGACUUCAACAGCAACCAACAAGUCCAUUUUAUCAACUUGCUGUAGCUCCCAAUAAUGAUCAAUGGAUGAUCCAUAUCGAUCCUUUGACGCUGGGCAGGCGUGUGGACCUAUUGAAGCAAUAUGGUUUCGGUGGAGUGGCUCUCUACGAUUACUAUCAGGAUGAUUUCGCAGGUAUCUGCAACCCCAAGGGAAAGAUUUACCCUAUGAUUGAACAGGCCGGCCGAAGCAUUCGUAACGGCAAUUUGACAAAGCCCUUUCCGAAGAUUGACGUAAAUAAUGGAUUCUGCAUUCCAUUUCUCGGACUGACCAGUGAAUGCAAUGGGGCCUUCAACUUGGGAACGCCAGAAAUAAGUACCACGUCGUUGGAAUUAACUAGCACUUCUACGUCAUCUACUGUUCCAGUUACAAGAACCACGUUUCCGGUCGUGAAUAAUACGCCUACACGUGAAUCGUAUGCGGCAGAAACUGGUGUUACGGUGCCAAGUUCUUCAACAAGUGGUGCCACUAUUGCUAUGGCUUCUUCCUGGGCUCAGGUGGCGGAUGCUGAACAUCUGGUUCGCACUAGAAGGAGUUCAGUUUCAUCAAGCGACUUGGGAACAGAGCCUUCAUUUUCCUAUUUGAGGCCUCCUGGCUUUGAUUUGGUGGACAUUGCACCCAGUCUUUCGUCAUCAAAUAGCAACGUAGGAUCACCUGCUUCGAAAUCUUCUACUACAACAAAUGUUACUCGAAAUAUAGUAACGAAAGCUUCCAAAGGGAAAGUUGAGCCAUCCCAUGAUAAUCAGACAAACUUGUCAGAUGCUGUCACAACUACGAUCAGCCAAACGCUUGAAUUGCCUACAACAGCUGGGAACCAGGCAAUGCUAGCGAUUCAAGAAACUACACAGUCAACCACGGAUAUUGUGUCUUCUAAAGUAUCAUCAUGGAAGUUUGAAAUUCCGACUGCCGCCCCGUCCUUUUCCAAUCCGCUAUCAGAGUUGGAUACAUUUGCAGAAAACGAACCUCGGAUCGGCACACCUUUACGGAGCUCCAUCGAGAAUGGAGCACCCGCUGUAUCACCGACUUCUACAUCUGAAAUUGAUCGGACGACGGAUUCUACCAUUGUUUCAACCGUUCCGUCAUCUCAGGCGGUUAUGACGUCAUUUCAAACUGAAGUGGAACCCUCGAACAACUUUGAGGCCACCACUGAAGUCAUAAUGUACGUUUCAGAUAGCACAGAGAACACUGUACCUCCAUCAAAGGCUGAAUUAGAUUUACAUUAUAGUUCGACAACCAGACCUCAAGCUGCAAUAGAUCAAGAUCCAACAGCUCCAAGUCAGUAUUCUGGGUUUACAGGUGAACCGAUGGAGCAAAUCACACCUGAGCUUUCGACCUUAGCUGAUAACAAUCUGGAAUCGCCCAGUAAUGUCCCAAUGCACUCGGCAAUAACGGAUGUUGAGUAUGAGGCGCCAGUGCUUCAAGAGCUUGUUGCUCCGUCAGUACAACAAGUAAAGGAAGAUGACGAAAGCACCUCUGCGUUCACGAUGUCGACAGAAUAUCCAAGUUCGACCCUUUUAUCAACAGCAAGUUUAAUGUCUAACGAAGAUGCACCAUCUUCGUUGGGUAUGGAUUUUUCAACGCCGCAUGUAACACCUAUUGCGGAGGAAGAUGUUGGCGAAGUGGAAUCGGAGAAGAUUGUCUCAUCGGAAAACACAUUUUCAGUUGAGGAAUGGCACACAUCCGAAGGAAGCUUUAGCAGUGAAACUCCUUUGAUACAUUCUACUGUCUUCAAUAUGUUAUCUGUCAAAGAAAGUCUUCCAGAAGACACAGGAAUCACAUGGACGGAGGACCCUAGUACUGCCUUUGCAGACGUGUCUAUUACCAAAGAAGUGGCAUCAGUUCUUGAAGAAGGGCCCGUGGAAAGCAAUCUUCCAUCUCAAAUAUUCUUCUCGAAUAUUGAACCACUCUUUCCUAUGAUGGAUGAUGAUUUAACAUCAUUAAUGCCUGACAUGACAGAAAUAUCUACGAAGUAUUCCAGUUCCAGUCCCACAGAUUCGAUUACUCCCAUUGAAGAAACGUCGUUUUUUAUUCAUUUGGAUAUUUCGACGACCCAGACGCCUAUCGUUUUCGACGCUAGUACUGUUGCUAUUGCAUCAACAGAUAAUGAUUUUGUGAAACCAGAUCCUGUCUUUGGUAAAUCUCAGUCUGAAACGACGUUGGUAACAGAUUUCAAUGAAAUUGAAUUUACCGAGCCAUUCCAAGAAACUUUCUCUGGUGAAUCAGCUGUGCCUACCACAUCGAUCGAUGUCGAAAUGGCAGAGACAUCCACUGAAGACGAAAUUAAUUUACCUGCAGUUUCACUUAACGAGAAGAUAACUUCCAUUGAAAUUGCGCCAACAACUCUGCAAACAUCCACGGAAAGUAGUUUUCCUAUUUUUGACGAGAGUUCUUCGACGAUUGAAUCGAUUCCACCUUUCACCUUUGCGGAUUCCUCUUCCACGUAUUUAAAUCCAAAUAUCAUGGAAUCGUCUACCCAGAAGCAGUAUUUUGAUUCUAGUCUAUCAGAUCCUGAAAAUGCUGAAGAAAUACAAUCGUCUAAUGACCUUUCGACACCUGAUGAUUCCACUGUUGUGGAUAUUACCAGUACCGAAAACAAUCCGUCUUCUGCGACGAAUCUCUCAUUGGAACUCGAAGAUUCUGAAGGUAGUUCAUCGGGGACUGAAUUGAACUCGCACGAAGUUUUCACAGAGUCAGAGCCACUGUUUUCUACAUCCACUGACAUUGAAAUAAUGGACGUUCAGACAGUUAGUAACAAAGAAAUUGCUGAUCUUUCAUCCACAACUCUAUUUGCUGAAGAGCUUGUAAUCAGCGAACUUUCGUCUGUAUCCAUGGAAACCUCGGCCGAAGUUAAUCCUUCAGUCUCUAACGAAGUGUCUUCGACAUUUGAACCAAUCCCACAUUCCGACUUGAGAGAUACGUCUUCCACGCCCCUUUACAAUAUCGUGGACCUUUUAACUACAAAUUCUCCAAGUCUGCGUGACGUUAUCACUGCGGAAACUAAACUAGUGGACGAGAAAAAUGAAUUCGUCUCUUCUACGACAAACAGUCUCUACCUGGAAGAUUCCCAAACAAACCUUUCAACCGACGUCGUGGUUUCAUCACGUAUUUCAUUCGCUGCCGAUGAAAACAACAAUGUCGAUACUACUCUUUCCUUAGAUACGGCAGAGCCAACAGAAAGUGUUCCAGUUUCUACAAUAGAAGAUGACUCACACAUAGCUGGAGAAGGUCGUUUUUCAAGCACGAUCUAUGCAUCCCUGGAACAAACGUCAAUGCCCUUGGAAACAAAUCCUUCAGUAUUAAUGACUGUUUCCACUGAUCCUUCGUUGUUGCAUUCUACAUCUAUGGAGAUAACGAGCAGUUCGGAAGGUUAUGAAUUAUCUACUCCUGUAACCGUAGCGUCCUCUAACGAGGACUUUGCCAUCGUCGAAUUAUCACCAAUUGAAACUGGAACAUCGACCGAAGGUUCUUCUUUAAUUGCUGACGAAUUUUCUGGGACAUCUGAACUGCCAUCUAACUUUGUAGAUACUUCCCCAUUUUCUAUCCCCGCUGAAUUGCCCACGGCUCGUCUGAAUUUCCUUACUGAAAAUUCAAUAACGUUCAGCCAAGAUGCACAAAUUCUUACUGCAGAUGAGUUUCAAACCUUACCUAUUUUGCACGAAGUAACCAAUUAUGGUACUGCAUUAAUGGACAAGGAAGAUGACGGCGUCUCAUCUACAACAAGCCUUGACGUGGAAGAUUACCAGCCAAACAUUCCAACACUUUCUUCAGUCAUUCCCAUCGAUAUGUCUGACUCUUUCAGUGGUUCCUUCGAAGAUACCGUGGCAUCAUUCGAAACAAAUCCUUCCGUCUUAAUGACUGACUCGCCUACCAGUGCAUCAUUUCAAUCGUUUGACACAUUAGACGAACAGUCCGGAGAUUUCCCUACUUUUGAGCCAUCGUUGUCCACCACGAGUCCUCCAAUCUCAGGUGAAGUUCAACCGUUCGGAACAGACUUGACAACAUCAGACGAAGAAUUGACAGAAACUUCGACCCCGACAUUAAUUUUUGAAAACGAAAGUUUGGAAGAUCACUCGUUCUUAACCCAGAAUGAGGAUGGAAGCGGAACCUCAGAACUAAUUUCUACUGACCAACCACAUGAAACUGUCAGCAUCCCCGAAAUUGCUGUAACGGCUAGUCCAAUCACGAUACUCCCUUCUUCGCUUGCCGGUGUACAUCUCAAACUUGACGAGGACUUAUUUACUAGCAGUUUUGCAUCGAUACAAAUUUCUGAUACUUCAGAAUCUUCAACUAUCAGCGAUAUUUCGUCAACUGAUGUGACAUUUGAAAGUACGGCAUUCCCAAUUGCUACCUCUGCCGAAUCGAUUGUUGAUACGACAGUUUUCCCUUCACAACCCGCAACUUACAGCCCAAUUGAAUUAAGUACGCCUUCGGUGCUGCCACUGGAUUAUGAUGUGAUGGCUAGCUCUACAACUGUAUUGGAUAACAAUAUUUCGGAAGGCUCUGGAUAUUUCCUCGGUUCCAGUCGCCCGUUGGUAGACUCAUUCGUGGAUACCUUUUCCACCGAUCCAUCGCUACCGUAUACGUUAGAAAACCUGGAGGUAACAAGCAUUCCGGAAAAUGUUGAAGGAUCUGCUAUUUCAGCUGUAACGUCUUCAGAGGAGCAGUUUGCCGUUAGCAAAUCUUCACCAAGUAUUUUGGAAGUAUCAACCGAAGGCGCUACGUUAAUGUCCGAUGAAUUUUCUGGAGCAUCUGAACUGCCCCAUGGCCUUGCACACACUUCGACAUUUUUCAUGCCGUCCGAAUUGUCAACCAAUCAUCUCAAUUUUAUUUCUGAAAAUCCAUUGACGCUCAGCACAAAUAUGCAAAAUCUUAUCGAAGAGAAGCUUUCAUCUUCUGUUUUACCUAUUUUAUCGGAAAUUACGACUUCUGGCACUGAACCGUUGGACAUCGAAAACAGCCAUGUAUCACCUACGACCAGCCUCAUGAAAGAUUUCCAAUCAAACGUACCAUCUGAGGAAACUCGAUCUUCGCCCAUCCCUUUUGAUAUGUCAGUCUCUUUUAGUGGUUCAUUCGAACCAGUAAUGACCGAUUCACUUACCACUGCAUCAUUGCUGCCUGUUGACAUAUCAGACGAAUUAUCUGAAAAUUUCGUUUCUUUUGGCCCAACAGCUUCAAAUUCGUUAAAUGAGUUUCAACAACUGGCAGAUUUUACGACGUCUGGUGAAAGAGUUUCGACCGUGGUACCAAUUUUCGAAAACGAAGGCUCUGCUGAAAACUCGAUCUUAACUGUAGAAGACGAAGGCUCUGCCGAAAACUCGAUCUUAACUCUUGAAGACGAAGGAAGUGGAACAGUAACGUUAGGUUUUUUAAAUGCAACUGCCGAACCAAGUCAAACUCCGGAUAUCAUUUCUGAAAUUGAUUUGACUACAAAUGGAGUUAGUUUACCAUUUUCUUCGCCAGCUGCCAGCAUCUGGGAAACACUUCACACCUUCGAUGGAACAUCCGCGUUUAAUGUUGAAAGUACGUCAGCAAGCGGAGUAUCAGACAAUCUGAUCGAGCAAGAACUUCCAAGUGAUUCAUUUGCGGCUAUUGGAACUACUAAUGUCAGUCCGUUGAGUAGUUCUUCUGAAAUGGCAAUCGCCCUCACAUUGCCAACAACUAGCGAUAAUUUAUCACCUGAAAAUCCAUCGAGUCAGUUGCCUAUGAGUGUUACAGGUUCUGCUGGAUCACAGUCUUCAUUAGAGUUAACAACGCCUCUGCCAUCUUUUACGCCGAAUGUUCUACAUCUUUCCAGUCCAAUCUUCGAUGCGGUGACUGUGUCAUUAAAACCCCCUUCAGCUUACAACAUGAUUGCUAGUUCGACAGGAGUCUGGAACAACCCUUCAUCAGUGAGUUCUGACUCACCUUUGGAUAGUUUCAGUGGUUCGUCAUACUCGCCAUCCACUUCUACUACAGACGUGAACACACCUGACAUUUCAACGUAUUCGUUCAAUUCGUUUCCUGUAACGUUUGGGGCUUCAUGGACUUCUCCGGUAUCGACCGCCUCAUCCGAAUUUCCACCUUCAACAACUUCUGGUUCAGCAACGGUGCCUUCUUCUUCUUCGUCUACUAUUGUAGAGUCGACGACCUCCUCUAAUCCAGUGCCUUCGUCUUCAACGAACUCUGCAAUCGUGAUGUCAAUCUCUCCAAAUGCUUCAGAAAUUCCAACAACUGUUCCUCCAAUCAUAAACCUAUGGAAUUUAUUAAUCGGAAAGAUAACCACAGCCGAUAGAAUCCUUUUUUUAACAAAAAAUGUGACGUCAAUCUCUCCGCUGACCGAUGGCAUCACUUCCUUUUUACAUAAAGGAGAGCUUGAAGGUUCAUCAACAUCUUCAAUGCCUAGCCCAAAUGAAAACUCAGAAAAUUCCGACUUUGUAACUCGUCCGUUUUGGCUGGUAAAUCGUCCCAAUGGAAAUUCACCUUUUGUAUUAUCAACCAGCCAAACAUUUUCGAAAGACAGCACGCCGACAUCUGUUGCUAUGUCUCGCACAACGACACCUAACGCUGAGCCUUCCGUGCGGACGUCAACGAUUGACUCUUUUACACACUCAGUUGCAGAUCUCUUUUUGACUCGUCCGGUUUGGUUACAAAAUAAUAGCACGAAGCUGUCAAAGUUAACAACCACACGUCCAUCCAGCCCAACAACAUCGUCCACCGAAGGUAGGGUUUCUAUUAUUAUUACCUAUCAGUACAAGCCAUCAAAGUUCAAUGAAUUGUCAGUACUUCACGACGUCACUUCUGAAUCGACACCAUCAACAAUGAUGCCUCUGCCAAUAACUUCGUCUCCGUUGAAUUUGUCGACUAAUGCGAAUCUAAUCGUCAACGGCCAUGCCUACAUUAAGAACUGCACAGAACAUGUAGUGCAUUCGUCUUCUUCCGUCACUUCUGUUACCGAUGACGUCGUCAAGAAAGUUAUCUUCCAAAUGAACAUGACAGCUGACAUGGCAAAUCAACUGAAUUCUUCGUUUCAUUUCGAGAAAUGGUCAGAAGCACUGAAUCAAUUUCUCAGUUCACAUUUGAAAAUUCAGCAGAAAGAAAUCCAAUCAUCAAUCAUUUGUGAGGCUGCUGAAGAUUCAAUACUUCUUAAAUCUCUAUUAUGUUUCAACCAAUCACCCAAAGGAGAACAUUUCCAGAAUCUUAUGCAACUCAUUAAACACUUAGCUCCGGCAAUUAUUGCUAACUUGACAACGGCUAUGAAUCAAACAGAAAUUCAGAACUCUGUCAAUGUAACUGACUUCGAAAUUAACCACUCCAGUAUGACACCAAGUGGUAAAGAAACUAGCACUGAAUCAACUGUCCCCAUAUCCACUGAAAGUACCACAAUGUCAACUCUUCUGAUGCAGCACUUUACAGAAUCUUUCCUUCUAAACUUAACAACUUCUUUCAGCAACAGACCUCCUUUACCGACAGUGUUAAACAUUAGUUUAGAAUCGUUAAUGGAAAAUCUAACAGAACAGCUGAAGGAUACUCAACUGACAGAUGUCAUAUCAGCAGUUAACCGUCUCAGCCAAAAUAUUCCUGAAAGUUUCCUGGAAAAUAUUAUUCAGAACAAUAAUUCGAACAGUGACACGUUUUUCGGACAACCUGUUAGUUUUGAAAGUGUAAAAGAUGUGAUUAUCCCCCAAGAACAAACGUCAACAACGAUGCCUACAACAGAAGCACAUAACGUUCUUGAAAAAGAUUUUUGGAAAACAAACAGACGAAAUCCUUUCAAAACGUUACAGCGUGUGGCAGGUGCGGGUCGUGUUAUCCCACCAUCUAUUGGCCUGUCUUGGCGGCGCACAAUGAAACCCGUCUCAAGUAUUUUUCGUUCUUUCGCCAAACCUGCAGUUGUUCGUCUGUAGGUUUGGUGGGUUUUCUGGCGCCAAGUACUAAUAUAUUAAAUCCAUUUCCUUUUUA